GUAAAUUGUUUAUUCUCACUGAUGCCACUGUAAUUGCAAUUGUGCUCCCUCUUCACCUUCAGUGCAGAAAUGAAAUUAUGUUACAAUCUACUGUGAUAGAUGUGAAUGCAGUUCGAUUCCCAUCACACUUACAUUUUCCAUCUCUUCUGUGCUCCACCCCAAAAUACCUCUACUUGUCACAUGCAUCUUCAAGCUGUAUUUAGGCAUCAUUCAUCAAGAUGAUGGGAUUUACCUUUUAAAGGUGCUUAAGGCUGUAUAACAUGGACAGCAAAUUACAAAAUGCUGUGCUGAAAGCCUCUUCUCUCUUCCCCCAAGGAGCUUUUGGUAUUUUUGCACAGAAAUGUUCUUAAGAGUGAACUCUUGUGCUACGUUCAAAUUUAUGCAAUGUCAUCACAAACAGAUAUUAAACCCAUACUUAAUUAUUUAAUAGAAUUCUAAUCCAUAGAUUCAAUUAACAUACCAUUUUUGACCUGAACUGAUAAAUCAAGAUUUCCAGAUAUUAUCUGAGACCGUAAGCACAUUUUCCAAAUUUUCUUUUAAAAUCAAUGAUUUUUUUUAAAAACCUACUGGCCUGGAAAUUUAUCCCACAAUGCCUACCUUUUUUUUUUAUAUACUGUCCCAGUUCUAAAACCAAAUUGAGCCAAUUAUAUCCAGCAUUCCGCUCCCAUUUGCUAAAAGAAAUGGCACAUGUUAAGAGGACUUCGCUGUCCCCACAGUUUUCUUUUGGCAUGUCCACAAAGGUCCGGUAUUGCAAACCUUCACUGUUCCAGUACAAUGAGGAGCAUGAGAGACAGAAGCAAAGGAAAAGCUAGCUUUAGCUUCAUUCAAAGGACAAAAUCCCAAAAAAAGGAUUCAAAACUAGCUCAGAACUAUAAUGGUUGUGUAAUUAAGCUUGACAAUGGAAAGUCGAGCAUUCACUACAAAUAAUUAACAUGAACAAAGCAAACAAAGAAAUGUCACAUUCAAAUGUUCGAAUAUUUGAAGUAAAAAUUCAUUCCUUAAGUAUAUAGUUUUGGUGAAUAUCCUAAACUCUUCGCUACAUGAUUUUAAUUGAAAUUAUUCACUUUGUCAGAAUAUUUUGAUACUGAUCCAACUAAAGGGUAAGCUAGCAUGCACUGAUUAAACAAAUCAAUUUAGAGCAAGUUCUCUGCAUAAAGACUCAUUUGAUGCUGGUAUGAUGCACAAAAGCAAGUUGACUCUUGACUAAAGGAAUUCUUGAGGUGCUUGAUUGGAGCCAUUUCUAUUUCUUUAUGCUUUAUUGUAAAAGUCUAGAUUACCAUGGCACAGCAUCUUUUGCACAAUGGUUCUCAAAACUACUUGUAACCCUGACAGUAUGAUUAAUAAAAUCAGUUUUUAAGUUGUGACAAAAAUAAACUCCAAACAUAGAUUCAGGCAAUAGAACAGAUGGGUUCUUAGAAAAGAUUUUCAACAUUUAAUUUGAGUUAUUAAAACAAAUACACUUAGAGACAAAGAAUUUCAUGUGUGAAGUGGGGAUGUGGAAAGCAGGACAAAUGUCCUUCAUCUUAUUGCAGCAACAGUCAUAUAACCCAAACAGAUAAGAACAUAUGCUGUUGGCUACAAAAUUUUCUGGACUAAAUUUCAGUAGCCUCAGUACAGAUUCUUUUUACAUGUCAAUUUCACAAAAGUAAAUUUCACUAAUAAGCCACAGGAUGACAAAUAUCCUAUUGUUCCUACUGGUAAAGGUGUGCACAGUAAUGCUUUCAAAAUUAAGGCAGAUGCAACUAAGGAAUAGAAUGCCAGGGCUUUGCUUUUUCCUCACCAGGGUAAAAUCUGCACUGAUCUUCAUUAAAUAAAUUCCAACAAAAACUCUUCAACAAAGAACACCUAUUAGGAGAAUGUUGUUCUCAUCAAAUUAAGAUGGUACAUGGAGAAUGGACACAAGAAGCAUUGUGGAACCCCAGAAAAUUCCAUAAGCUCUCAGCUAAACAGCAGGAUCUUAAGAGACUCACGUUUAUUUUAUAUAGACACUUACUCCUUGUAUGGUCUUACUUUCCCUAACCUGGAAAAUUACUUUUGAGUUGCUUGCUAACUAAAGCAUGUUUACUUGUGUGCUCCUACUAUAAAUUUUAUGCUUGGAGAUGUGGUUUAAAAGGUAUACAAUGUCUUGAUUUUCUAUUUCAUUCCCACACAAAGAUUACCAUCCACUCACACUCAAGUAACCUAAUGUAAACGGGAACGCUACCCAACAUGAUGUGGUAGGUUUAAAAUAUUUAGAUCGUUCAAAUAAUUCUUUAGACUUGUAGGCACAAGCUGGCUUAUGAGUAAAAGUUACAACCUUUCAUUCAAUAUCCAGCACUGUAAUUCUUAUAAAAAAUGUUUGGCUGUUUAAAAAGUUGAUGCCACAAAGUAAACCCCUGAGAGGGCAUGGUAAGGAUUUUGACCGUAAUCCUUCCCAUUUCGGAGAUUUAAAAAAAAAGUUGAGAUGAAAGAUGAUGCGUUUAAUUGCAGCUGGGCUGCGUGCAGUACAGUUGGAGCUGGGCUGGGUAGUGGCCGCGCUGCCCCCCUCUCUCCCUCCGCCCGUCCUGCGGGCGCUGCCUGCGUGCCUUCGGAGCUCUUUAAGAUGUAGCGGAGAGCGGAGAAAGCGCAGACCGCCAUCGGCUGGCUCCGUCUCCCCUCCCUCCGUCUGCACACGGGCUGGGGCCGACACAGCGCGCCACUUUUAAGGCUACGCGGAAGUCCCAGAUGGCCUGCCCCCGCCCUCCAGCAAAAUGAGCUUCACUGGCAAGUAUGCAUUUGGGAGUCAGGAAAACUAUGAAGAAUUUAUGAAGGCUUUAGGUGUACCUGAAGAUGCCAUUGGACAUGGGAAGAAUGCAAAGUUUAACACAGAGGUUGUCCAGAAUGGGGAUGAAUUUACAUGGUCACAGAUUUAUCCAUGUCAUACUACAACCAAUCAAUUUACUGUGGGGAAAGAAUCUGAAAUCGAGAUGCUGAACUGUGAAAAAGCCAAGAUUACCGCAAAAAUCGAAGGAGGAAAACUCAUCAUGAAAUUUCCUAAUUAUAUUCAUACUGUUGAGAUUGAAGGAGACAAGUUGAUUGAAACAUCAGUGUCCGGCAAUAUCACUUUAAAAAGAGUCCACAUGAAAACAGCCUAAGAAGAUGAACACAGAAUCUUGUAGAAGAUAAAACAACUCUACAGCAAAUAACUAAUUCAGGAUACUACAUUUA